AUGGUUGUUAAUAAGGGCCGCACUGCCCAAAGAAACCGACGAGCCCGUGAAGCCCUUGAAAAGGAACAGCGAUCAACCCCAAAGAAAAAAUCAACCAACAAGAGAAGAUCAAAACUACCAAAAGCCACAAAACCAGCUCCCCAAUUUUCUACCGAUGCACCUGGAACCCAAUCCAAACCAAUACCAAUAGACAACUUCGGAGAUAGCAAGGACGUGCCUGUAAUUGUUGAAGACAAUGAGCUCUCUGAAUCACAACAAAAAGAGAUAGAAAACCGAAAUCAAGCAAACGAUGUGGUCCAACUUCUUGGUACCCUCUACGGCGAUAGUGAGUCAGAUAUUGAAAACGAUGAAGAUCAGGAUAUCAAUGAAACUAGCGACAACGACGAAAUUCUUGAAUGUCUCUGGCCUUUAUUUUGCAACAAGAAAGAUCUAACCUUGUCAUCUACCCGAACCUUAGCCAGUGGAGGGACUGGUUACCGGAAACCCGUCAAGAAUCCCAACUCAUCAUCCCAGAAACUCAUCCCCCGACCCCUCCCCAGCUCGACCAAGUGUGAUUACAAGAAAAAUUUUAAGAAAGCUGUUGGGAAAAAUAACGAUAUAAUGAAUAACUGGCUUAUCAAGACAACACAAGAAGACUCCAGCCCCCCCGUUUCCGACACAGUGCAACAUAACUGUAUCUUACCUAGUUGCGAAAGAACCCAAGCCCACAUCUCCACCAAUGCACUCGAAUGUCGACUAUUGGAACAGUUAGCUAGCUAUCUCGAGUCUCCCAAUAAGGUCUCUGCUGAAAGUAAAAUACGAAUCUCUGCGAACAAAAAAUGGGCCGAACUCAACUUGGCAAUCAUCAGUGCGACAGCAACAUGCCAAGAUAAGCUGAAGAAGAAUCCUAAAUUCCGAUAUCCCACUGGAACGAUUGAAGAUCUUCAUCAAUUCAACAAUCUUCGAUGUCAAUACACGAUAUCUGGGGUCAAAAAACCUAGCCUUACUGCGUCACUUGAAACUGCAAUCUCGGCAAUUCGAAGAGCUCCUCCCCCGGACCCAACUAAACCACCCAUUCCAAGGAGUGGAAUAUAUCAUGCUCGUCUAAUAUCUAGCCAUGCUGUCUAUGUUCUGAAAUUCAAGGAGAUUAAGAACACCAAAAUCGGAAAUCGAACCAAUCACAAGUCCAUCUUGGAUGACAUCGAACUUCGACGUGAACUCUUUCAAUGGGCUUUGACUCAAAAAAUUGGUGAAGUCACACCGAUCUCAUUUCGAAACCAUGUGUUGAAUCACACCUUCCCCACCUUCAAGAUUGAAAAAACAAUCAGUCGACAAACCGCUACUGCUUGGAUGUACAAGCUUGGUUUUAGUCCACAAGAAUAUCGAAAGUCAAUUUAUUUCGAUGGCCAUGAGCGCGAAGAUGUUGUUGAGGCAAGAAAGGCAUACAUCAAAAAGUACCAUCAACUCCGCCGAUUAUCUCGAGUCUAUGGAGGUGAAAAUCUAGAGCUUGCUUCCCCGGUCGAUCCUGAAAUAAUCGGUGACCAGAAGGAGACUGUUUUUAUCUUUCAUGAUGAAUCAACAGUGCAUACUAAAGAAAGACCAGGUGUUGCUUGGCUUCUUCCUGGAACUAGCGAAAUAUGGUCAAAGAAUUCUGGACGGCUGAUUCACAUAUCAGAUUUUAUCCUUGAAUCGACAGAUCGAUUAACCUCUCGUGAAGAUGAUACCACUCCUACCGAUGCUGCUACCAUCAUAUACCCAGGAUCAACUGGAGACAAGUGGUGGGAUAUGCAACAGCUGUGCGAUCAGGUAACUCAGAAGGCAAUCCCUAUCUUCAACCAAACCCAUCCAGAUUCCCAAGCUGUGUUUGUAUUUGACUGCUCCUCAGCUCAUGGAGCAUAUUCCCCGUCAGCACUUCGAGUGCAAAAUAUGAAUCUCAACUUUGGAGGAAAACAAUCUUGGCUACACGACUCGGUUAUUCCCUCCGAUGAUCCUCACAUACCUCCUCACCUCCGCGGACAACUACAAACCUUUUCGUACAGUGUUCGUGUUAUCCUCGAGGAACGCGGCUUGUGGCAGCAUUACUCUCAAGAAGUUUCAAAAUUAGGUCUUCGUCCUCUCAAGUUCCAUUGUGAGGCUUGCAAAAGCUCAGGUUUGCAUAAAGAUGCAACUGAACGAUCUGAACGAUUGAUCCGACAAGCAGAAUCCAAUGGCUUCUUCCUUUCACAGGAACAAUGCAUUCAAGAAAUCCUCCAAGAAGAGGGAUCUCCCAACUCGGCAAUUCCCAAACCUAGUGCGGAUGCGAUCAACCCUGGAAUACCUUGCUGCUGGUUUCAAGUCAUGCAGCUUCAGUCUGAUUUUCAAAACGAGCGACCUCUAUUACAGAUGAUCAUCGAAGAUGCUGGACAUGUCUGUUUAUUUUUGCCCAAGUUCCAUUGUGAACUGAACCCUAUCGAGCUUUUCUGGUCAUAUAUCAAGCAGGCUUAUCGCCAAGAAACUCAUCGAUGCAAGACUUUCAGCGAAUACAAAGCUCUCUUUGAGAGAAUCCGUCAAUCCUGCCCUCUAAGCACCAUUCGCAAGUACUUUCGACGAAUCGAUCGGCAAAUUUCGGCUUAUGAGCAAGGAUAUAACGGUCCCCAAUCAAUCAACCUGAUGAAAAAGUACUCUUCUCAUCGAUGUAUUCCACGUCGGGCAGCGAUGCAGAUUGACAUGCUCACAUCCUAG